UUGUACAGGUGAGAACAGACCACAUUCAGAGUUACAAACUCUUGACUUUUAUCGGAACACAGAGAGACAUACACACCGGAAGGAAGAGAUGUCAAUCAUCGAGCAUUUGGUGCUGUUUAAGGUCAAAGACGAUGUUGCACCGUCGGAGAUCGAUGCCAUGGUCGACCGAAUGAAUUCCCUUGUCUCCCUCGAGCAGGUUCUUCACCUUACAGCGGGGCCAUUGCUGCGCAUCCAAUCUUCCCCUUCCUUGAGUUUCACUCACUUCCUCCAUUGCCGCUACAACUCCAAAGAUGACUUCCAUGCCUAUGCGGUGCAUCCCACCCACGUGGCCGUCGUCAAGGCCAACGACCCCUUCUGCGAUGACGCCAUGGCUCUUGAUUUUGUCGCGGAGGAUCUGCAGGGUGGCUUAGUUCCGCCACCGGGCUCCGCCAUGCAAGUGACCUUUUUCAAGUUAAAGGAAGGUUUGGGAGAUCAAGUUAAAGAUGAGGUUUUGGGGGCUAUAAGAGGAAUUCAACAAGAGUUCAAACAGGCCAUUCAACUCACUUGCGGGGAAAAUUUCUCUCCCGGAAGAGCCCAUGGGUUCUCCAUCGCUUCCCUUGCAGUUUUUCCAGGGUUAAGUGAAUUGGAGGCAGCGGAUUCUAAUGAGGAAAUAGGGAACUAUAAGAAGAAUGAAAUGAUUAAGGAGCAUCUGGAGAGUGUGAUGGUCCUCGAUUAUAUCGUACCAUCACCCAAAGCUCGAUCUGCAUCUUGUUGAUGAGGUUGUGUUUUAUGUAUUCCUGUUUGAAGACUGGUUAAUUAGCUUAAUUAAAGUAAUGUGAUGCUUGGCAAAUAAAAUGAAACCACACUCAGACAAUUUAAUAAUCGACUGCUAAAUUUGAAGUGAUGAUAUAUAUAUAUAUUUUGAGUGUUUUCCU